UUAUAAUAUGUAAAAAUAUUUAAUACAUAAAAUAAUUUAUAUAUAUAAUGUUGAUUCCGCGCAAGGCGCGGGUCUUAACCUAGUAUGAUAAUGAUAGCUUAUGUGAAAGGAACGUAUGGAACGUCACUGCAUCAUACCAAAGAGAGUAGAUUACUUUGCUGAAGAAUAUGAUCCAAGAAAAUUAAAUCAUGUAUCAACUGUUAUUUGAACUUAUUACAUUAUCCCAUAAGCAAGCAAGAAUACAUUGUUUUUUCUCUGUUUUGUGCUUCAUCUAAAAAAAACAUAACAAAGAGUGAAUAUUAUUAUAUAUCACCCUGGGAGAUAACAAGGUAAACAACAAAAAGAAUACAAACUUUAGAAGAAACAAAACCAAAUACAUAUGUUAUGGAUCGAGAAGUAGUGCACUAUUGGUUCUCCAAAGAGACAAUGUUUCUUUUAAGCAACAAUGACUUUGUCCUUAGCGGCAUUAUCACCUCCUUCGAGCUGGCGUGUGGCUUAUAUGAUUCCCUUUCUCUGUUAUCAGCUGAAUACGAUGAUGCUUGCAAUAAAAAGCUUCCCCUCGUGAGCUAUGUCAUUUUCGAAGGACUUACCGUGAAGCCUCUAUGUGUACACUUGAAACAGCUCUUGUGGUACAAUGUCCCAUUCAUCGACACCUUCACAAAGUCCACAUAACAAACGUUCAAAAGAUAUAUUGAACAACGUUUCAAUAUCAAAACUGUUAUGGAAACAACCUCUGGUGAAGUGUAAGGCUAUCCUGCAGUGACUAAAUGCUUUUAAAUGAAAAUAGAUGUUCUGCGUAUUACACAAGUUUUCAUCUUCUUCAACCUUGCUCAAAGAUUCAAAAGCCCUAAAAAUUAAUUUAGGUGCCCUUUUUAAAAGAUCUUUUCGACAAAAACGCUCAACUAGUUUAAUCUAACGCGUGAUUAUUAUGAGACUAAAGACUAUUGAUAUAUACAAAUAUUUUAUGAACGCGCUAUGAUCUCCUUUCACAAUCAUAUAUAUGAUCAAAUAAGAUUAAGCCUUCUUUGCACCAAACCUAAUUUACCAAAUCGAAACCAAACAUAAGUUUUUUUAAAAGAUACGGAUGUCUAUGUUAUCUUUAAAGCCCUAGCUAAGAGAACUAUAAUUGCAUGCCUUUUUUAGAAGAGCUAAUUGCAUUGUUACCGUCCCAUAAUCACAUGAUUUGCUCUCUUCUUUUUGUCAACACGUGAUUUGUUGCUUUUUGUUUUGAUGAUAUUUUUUUGUUUAUUGAUCCACUUUUAUCUAAAUAGUGUAUUUCAAUCUAUCUUUUCUAAACAUUUCCCAUGUUUGAAUAAAAGUAGGGCCAUCAUGGAAAAAAAGUCUUUGCUUCUCCUGCAAGAAAGUCAACCACUAAGGUCAGCCAGAAUACAUCUGAGAUGACGUCUUUUAUUAAGGUGGAAAGUAUUCUAUUCGUGCCCAGGACAAAAAAGAAAGUGCCUAAAGUACGUGAUCCGAACAAUCUUAUAACAUUUAAUGAGAUCUGGUCAAAUCACCAAACUAUUUGUUUAUACGAGAGAAUCACAUCGAGUUUUAAAGACAAGUCUCAUCAUCAUUACAAGAAAGCCAUCUCUCUUGUCCCAAUACUAAACCCUAACAACAACAUCACAGUUAGAAAAACUUCAAUCUCUCAGAAAUGGUGAGUUUAUUUUCUUCAAUGAAGAGAUCGAGGAAAGAAAGUAAGAACCCUUAUUCAGAUCUCGGACUUGAAAAGUUCUCAGCACUUCUCUCCGAGCUUGAUGAGAAGAGACAGAGCAUUUACGCAACGAGGGUUGACUCAGAUGGGCCGCCACUUGUUCGGUUUGUGUUCAAAAGCUCGGGAGAGUGCGUCCCUAUCAUGAUCAAGACAAAGAAGGUAACCAAGAAGAAGGAUUCUCAAGAUGAUUUCAAGAUCAAUACCCAAACAAAAGUAGAGGAAUGGAAAGAAAGAAAGAAGACCGAGUUGGUGACAGAGCAGAAACAGAGCUGUGUAUUGAAUGAGAAUAUGAAGAAGAUUUCUAGACCGAAGCAUUUCUUACCCGUAACAACGAUCUUGGUUUUGAUCUUCUUGGUGUUCUUUGGACGAACCGUGUCGACCAUGUGCACUUGUAUUGUUUGGUACUUGGUUCCAUUGAUCAAGGAACAUUGCAAAAGGAGAGGAUCAUUACCACGUAAUACAGGAAAUAAAAACAAGAAGAAGUUUCCGCUUGUGGCUGCUCCUGGUAUAACCCGGUGACCAAAACUUAUUUUUUAACUUUUUUUUGUUGUGAAUAUUUUUCCAUAGUUUAUUUUCUUAAAAUGUUAAUAGUUUUGUUCAUAAUUGUUCAUAAUUUUUUUUUUGUGAAUCUUUUGUUCAUAGUUGAUUUUGUUUAAAUGCUAAUUGUUGUUAAUAGUUUUGAAAUAACAAAAAUCUGUAAAUUAUGAUUUUCAUCAUUUUUUUCUAGUGUUAAUAAUAUGUAAUUAUUCAAAGUUGCAAACGGAACAUGGUCCGUCAUUCCUUAAAUUCAAUUCUACAAAGUUUGUUGAAUUUUUUAAUCUGGUUGAAUCUUAGCGCUUGUGGAGGUUUGGUUGCUUGUAUUUAUGGACAACAUGUAUUAUUUCACUUGUUUAUUAUAGGGAAAUUUACUGGACAAUGCAUGAAAUCUCUUAUAUAUUAAAAGAGGAGCAUUGCAAUUAAUGUGUUCACACCAAUAUUGACACGUGUCGUUUAGAGAGACACUCUCACAUAUUUAUUUCCUUAUUUUUCCAUCUUUUGGAGCA